AUGCCAGUUGUAAAGAUCACCAUGGUGUAUACGAUCAUUCCGAUCAUUACGCUCGUUCUUGGUCUCCUAUCGUCGGCCAAUGCCUCUUGGAGAUUCGACGCAAGGACGCUGGUGACCGCUCGUGUCGACCCACUAAUAUCACCAAACUCAGUGAGCAGUCAUGUCCACGAUUACGCCGGUGCAAGCAACUUCGGGGUAACAUAUGAUUACGAUAAUAUGAGAAGCAGCUCUUGUACCUCUUCGUCCAUCUCUGUCGACCAUUCUGGAUACUGGAUGCCUUCUGUGUACUACAAGAACCGCAAUGGCUCAUUUCGGCUGCUCAAGUCUUCUUAUAUCAUCUACUACCUCCACCGCGGCACCAAUAUCAAAGCAUUUCCAGCUGGAUUUCGCAUGAUUGCAGGUACCGCGACGAAGGACUCUUAUACCCAAGGCAACGCAGCAGACGAGGCCGUCAACUUUCAUUGUCUUGGUCCAAACACCGAGACUCCCUUCUUUCCUGACCAAGCAUGUCCUCAGGGUGUGAGGGUGCAAAUUCUCUUUCCUUCUUGUUGGAACGGAAAAGACAUUACCAGUUCAAACUUCAAGGACCACGUCGCAUACCCCGUAGACGGCAAAGAAGGCAACACUUGUCCAUCGACCCAUCCUGUCCGGCUAAUCACACUCUUCCUUGAGCACAUCAUCUACAUGGACGACGUGGACUGGUACCCUGGAUCUCUCGUCUUCAGCGAAGGAGAUAACCACGGACGUUCGAGUCACGCCGACUUUACCAUGGGCUGGGACAGUGGCUUCCUACAAUCGGCCAUUGACCAAUGCACCGAUCCGACGGCAAAUAAUAUGUGCGGCCUCCUGUCGCAGCAUCUAGACUCCAAGUCUGCAGACGCGUGUCAGCCCGCAAAGUAUCUCCCGCUCGAAGACGUCGGAUUCUACGGCCCAAUAUCAAAGCUUCUUGGAGAUAACCCUGUUUGGGGCAAUGGGAUCACCAAAGCCACGACGGGCUCAUCGAAUACGCCGCCCUUGGUGGCCCCCUGGUCAGUCGUGAGUAGUGGAUGGCAGGAAUUUGGGUGCAUCGACGAGGGCGAUCCGUAUACAAACACGAUGAACGGAGACAAAGUCGUCGACCAAUCCAUGUCGCCGCAGAUGUGUGUAUCGCAUUGCAACGGAAAGGGCUUUUCGCUUGCUGGCUUAGGGAGCGGUAAGCGCUUCGGAAUGGAAUAUGUCCACUAUGCUCACAAUCAUUGGAAGGCGACACAUGUUUCUGUGCAAACCAACUGGAUCACAACGGCCAUCUCACAGUGGUGGACAUGGCAAAGUGUCUGGACAGAUGCAGCGGCUCCUACUACGAAUGGUGUGGUGGCGGCCGUAAUCUGCGAGUAUGGCAAAAGACUGGAGCGAUAUCCGCCGCCUCCAACUAUUCAUAUCCACCAGCAGGAGCGAGGCUGGACAGGGUCUACACCGCCGAUGGAUCGUCUGUUCCCGUAG